CACGAGGAACUAACCAAACUAAAAAAUGGCUUUCGUUAAGAAUAUCUUGCUCCUGUUCGCUAUCCUGAUCCCUGCGACCAUCCUAGCUCAAAAUGGUACAGAUGUACCUCCAAGCUCGGAAGGACCUGAUGGACCAUCAUCUGACAUCCCUGACGGCGGCAGCACAGAACCACCGAUGCCAUCAUCAGCGUCAGGACCAUUCGACCACUUUUCUUUCAAGCCUCCCAAGUUCGACUGGCCUUCUCUACCUGGAAUCUUCGGAGGUGGUUCCCGUCAUAAGAGGGCGGCAAAUGAGCCUGUGGACGCGGAACACGCUCGUCAAGACCAUGCCUUCUUCCGCCGUGUCAUUAGGUGCAACUUCUUGACUGAGGUAAAUAAUUCUUAA